AGCACCUGUUUCCCCAUUUUUGUUUUCAUAUUCUUAUUAUAUAUUAUAUCAAUAAUAGCCACGUGAAUAAAAAUGCUUGUAUCUGGCAUUGUAUAUUACACAUCAUUGCUUGUGUGCAUAUCCCUUGGUAGUAAUUACAAGAAGAUCGUCGAUAUCAAUAUGAAACGCAACUACGGCACCGGUCUGGGUAUUUUGUUGAUGUGUCUGAUUUGUGGCACCUCCGUAAUCUACUCCAUGCUGAUGGUUUGGGGAAAUAUAAUUAUUAUUAAAUGUUGCGAUCGCCGCUUCAUGCAUCAGCUAAGCUUUACAUUCACAUGGAUGCUUUUGUGUUACGUGCAUUUAAACAUAACGAAUAUUUACGUGAUAUGGUUGCACCAAACCUUGGCAUUGAAGCUCGUCGGACUGGCAUUUGAAAUGUGCGCCGCCCAAAUGAGGAGCGAUACAAAAAGUGUAGGCGCUUCCAAAGCAAAUGAUACUGACACUACACCGGAACCAACUGCCAUUGAUAUUAUUUCGUAUGCAUACUUCUUCAUUGGACUUCAUAAAGGUCCAUAUUACAGGUGGAAAAUAUUUCACGACCAUUUCCACGAAUCAUUUGGAAUGCUCGGUGAUUGUACAAUCGUCACUGAGCAAAAACUUAAGAAAACGUUAAUAUGCGCACUCGGGUAUUGGGCUCUAAAUUAUAAAUAUUCCAAAGAUUUGUACUUCGACGACGCAUUCUACAAUAUAUUCAGUGCGGAGGUGCGUUACUUGUACAACCUGCCACAUCUGACCAUGUACUUCCUCCGCCACCAGGCGGUGAUGAUGAUGUGCACCAGCGUGUUCACGGAGACCGGCUUCGGAGUGUACCCGGCCAAGUGCAACCCUCUGCCGGGCUACGGACCCUCGGCUAGACUGAGUUUCCUUGAUGUGGCCGCCAAUUCAACGAAAGCGGCGUUAGAAGAGGAGUACAACUUCUCUAUGAUCAAAUGUUACAAUAACGAAGGGGUGAUCAUGGGGCCUAAAAUGAGAGACACCAUGCGCGGCUGGGACAUGCCCACUCGGUAUUGGUUCUGGGCGUAUAUAGAGAAAUCCCUUGUGAAGUCCAAUAAGGAAGUUAGAAGUGCAUUUUCUCUACUGACAUGGACAAUAUGGGCGGGCCCCUCGAUACCUCGUUUCAUUAUUGGUGUCACGUUGUGGGUGUAUGUACAUCUGGAGGCAGAGUACGCCAGUCUAUACGAUACGUCGGGCUCUAUGAAAAUGCCAUGGGACAUUGGGUUCUCAAUCAUGCGAUUGUUCUGUUUACUGUACCUGACACCAUGUUUCGUUCUACAGAACACCACAGCCGUGAUGAGGUACUACUAUUCUAUAUUCUGGGUGUUUCAUAUAAUUCUAUUUAUUUUGAUGCUCAGUUCAAUUUACCUUCAAAGCAAAGCUAAAUCAUGAGUGGACUGUUUUUUAAACCGAUUUAUGUGGUUCAGGCAUGAUGAAUAUAUUUUUUUGUUGUGUACCUUGUUUUAUUAGACAACUUUUAAAAACAACAAAAGUUUCAACAUAAAGGUUGAAAUUUUUGUACGUGCUGUAUCUAAUUUAUUAUUUGAUGGCCGAAUGGCGCAGUGAGUGGGUAGUGACCAAAGUAGUGGGCUUUCUGCAUCCAGGAACGUAGGUUCAAUUCCCACAACACCACACAAAUUAUUUGUAAUCAGCAUCGAUGUAUAACAGUAUCUCAUAAAAAGUAUUUAUGUAUUAUCUAAUAAUAGUAAGUUCAG